ACUUGAGCCUGGCAUAUCUCCAGACUCCAGUGUGAUGGUGGUCUGAAGGAAGAGAAACAAAACACGAAGAGGGGCUCAUACGAGGGUUGAAAGCUCUCUGGGAACUGUUAAGACUCCAGCAAAGUGAGAGCUCGGUCUGCGAGCUGCAGUAGGUUUGCCCAGAGCCAGAUGAUAAAGGCAGCAGCAAGAGGAUGUUGGGGAUCAGUGAGUUUUUUGUGGCUCUGGUUGUGUUUCUCUUGAUUGUGCAGUUUCUGAAGCUGCAAUGGGCAGGUAGGCGGCUUCCCUCUGGACCAACUCCCCUCCCCUUCAUCGGGAACUUGUGGCUGUUGGGAUUUAAACUUCAUCUUGAGACUCUUGAGAAGUUGGCACAGAUUCAUGGGAACAUCUUCACCUUGUGGUUGGGAGAGAGCCCCGUGAUUGUAUUGCAUGGAUUUCAAGCAGUGAAAGAUGGUCUGACCACCAACUCUGAAGAUGUAUCUGGCCGGCCAACAACGCCUUUCUUCGAUGAAAAUGGCAAUAAAGAGGGUAUUGUUAUGACAAGUGGUCACACCUGGAAGCAGCAGAGACGCUUCGGACUGAUGACCCUGCGGAACCUGGGGCUGGGCAAGAAAGGCCUGGAGCACCGAAUCCAAGAGGAGGCCCAUCACCUGGUGGAGUACUUAAUGAGUGAGAGAGGACAGCCCUUGGACCCUACUGUCUCCUUCAGCCAAGCACUUUCAAAUGUCAUUUGUGCUAUGGUUCUGGGACGUCGCUUCUCCACCGACGAUGAGACCCUCCAGCAGCUGCUUAAAGCCAAUGCCUGUUUGCUCAGACCCUCGGGCAUUCUCAGCAGGAGACUGAACAAUACUUUCCCCUGGAUCAUGGACCACCUCCCAGGACCUCACAAGGAGGUGCUGGCCUCCUAUAGGUUUCUGUAUUGUUUUGCAAAGGAAGAGAUCAGACGCCACGAGGAGAGUGGGGUACCAGAUGAGCCACAGAAUUUCAUUGACUUCUACCUGGCACAGAUGGUCAAAUGCAAAGACGACCCCACCACUACGUUUGAUGAAGGUAACCUGAUUCACACAAUCCUGGACUUCUUCAUAGCAGGCACAGAGAGCACAGCCACGACCCUGCGCUGGGCCCUGAUCAGCUUGGUGCUUCAUCCCGACGUCCAAGAGAAGGUUCAGAAGGAGCUGGAUUCUGUGUUGGGUCCUUCCCAAUUAAUCUGUUACGAGGAUCGGAAGAACCUGCCCUACACCAACGCCGUGAUUCAUGAGAUCCAGCGCUACAAUUGCAUUGCCCCAAUCGGAGUCCCCAGACAAUGUGUGAAGGACACAACACUCUUGGGGUUCCCUGUCCCAAAGGGCACUGUCAUCUUGCCAAAUAUAUGUUCUGUCUUGUCUGAUCCGGAGCAGUGGGAGACACCUCACCAGUUCAACCCAACUCACUUCCUGGAUAAGGAUGGAAACUUCAUGAGCAGAGAAGCGUUCUUACCAUUCUCAGCCGGGCACCGUGUGUGUUUGGGGGAGCGCCUGGCAAGGACUGAGCUCUUCAUCUUCUUCACCAACCUGCUGCGGGCGUUCACCUUCAGGCUGCCGGAGGGAGUGACUGAAAUUAACACUGAGCGUAUUUUGGGGAACCUAUUGCAACCUCACCACUAUAAGAUCUGUGCUGUUCCUCGCUAGGCAGCAGCAUGUCACAGACCACCAGGAAACCCAACAGGCAGGGGUGUUUCUCAUGGUGAAUGUCCAUAAAUAAACUAUAAAAC